UACAUAAUAACGUGCUCUACCAGUCUAAGAAUCCUUACAAGUGGCGUUGAAAUAAUUUGAUCUGGUGGUGCUACUAAAGUAGUUUGGUUACAGUGUUACGUUUCAACAAUUUUUCAAGAUAAUUGUGUCGUAUUAAAAAAAAGUAAUUCGUUAAUCUAAAAAAAGUCUCGAGAAAAUGAAAAAUUUUUUGGCACACGAGUUUGUAAUUUUUCUCUCACUGUCAAAUCGGUAUGUACAGCUAAGCUACCUGCGAAGACAAACAAGUCCUCGGCAGUCAUGCGUAGGCACGACGAGAAUCAGGCAGAUAUGUAUGCAAUGAAAAAACGGAUAUUAAUCACGAGAAACAAUCAACGAGUGAUGAAAAGAUGAAAAGCUCUAUGUUCGAGGCUGCGUUGCUUGCGAGCUAGAGAGUCGAAGGCACAUUUUUUCUCGCCUUUUGCAACGGUGGCCGCUGCAGGUCAACGUCGUCUAGUUUGGAUUUACCUGUAGUGCGUAUAUAAAGGUGUACGUAUAUGUAUAUGCGUAGGCUUAUAUGCGGACGGUUAGUGCAUAGUGACAAGUAUACAUCGAGACUUGCGAGGCGUUGCAAUUGUAUUUUUAGAUCCGUGUCCGGCGUAGCGGCCACAGCCCCGAGUAAGGCAGAAAAGCCGAGAGGCGAUAUGCAGCCGUUUAGUAUACCACGGACUUCUUCAAAUGUGUAGUCGACAGCUUGGUGCUUAAAUUUUUCAUCUGUCAACAUGAAUAACGGUGGUUGGAAGCUCAAUGGAGACGAUGAAGCUCUUUAUGUGGAUGUCGAAGAAGAUACCGAGGAAGAACGAAGAGACAAAGUUUAUAGUAAUUGGGAUCGAUUGCCAGAUAUCUUGCUUGAAGAAAUUUUUUCGCAUCUAAACAUAAAACAAAAAUAUUAUGCUUCAUUGGUGUGCAAAAAUUGGUAUCGAGCAUUUAAAUUACCAUAUACUUGGAACACAUUUACCCUACAAGAAACAACUCUUACAAGAGGAAAAUAUAACUACUACAGUGGUUGGCAAUAUGUUUUGGAUCACAUGAGAACUUCAGCUUGCUUGAACAAAGUUGGAGCCAAUUUUAAAUGUAUCAUAUUUGAGCCAAUGAUGAACUUUUAUAAUCUCUAUGAAUUCAUGAACAUGUUUUCUUGGUAUGCUGAAAAACAAGGUACUGAUUAUACAACAGUGCCAGGUAUUGGCAAGCUUGUGCGCAGGUUGAAAUUUACAUUUCCUUGUAAUAUGGCCAACAGAGAAGAUCCUGACUCAAUUAAACUUUUUGGUACUGGAGGAAAAUUGCUUGAAGGUCUAAAAAGACUCAUGAAAAAUCUUGAAAAUCUCAGAUGUUUGGAACUUGUAGACUUGAUGUUAGAGAGUAGAGAAGCUUUACACUUAAUGGAUGAAGUUUGUGCAAAUUGUACACAGACUUUGAGAAAAUUAGUUUUGAUUAAUGCUACAAAAUUUCACUGUCCUUUGUUGCAUGUUGGCGUAUUUUUGAACUUGAAUACUCUAGUCGUUAGCCCUCAGAGCCUUGAUGAAGAUGUUAUAGAAUUAUUGGGAUUCACUCAAUUGAGACAUCUUCAUAUACUGCAAAAUCGAUACAGUCCAAAAGAAACAUAUUUGCCAAAAAACUCAGCAUGGAAAAAAAUGAAAAAGAACAACCCUUAUUUAAUGGUUCAUUUUGAAAUAGAAAAUCAAAGAGUAUGUGAAAAUAUAUUUUUAUUUGAUGCAAGUUUGCACAGUGAAAUCCCGUGCCACAGUAUAGUAUUAGAUAAUUCAAAUUCUCAGGUUCUACAUGCCACAGUAAUAAAACAUGCACUAUAUUUUGGCAAGAGCUUAAGGGUUUAUGCUUUUAAAGGACUUUCAAGAAAGUAUAUGCCUAGAAAGUUUUCAAAAAGAAUUGAUGAGGCAAUUGUAAAACUUUGCAAACUCAGCCCUAAUAUAAAUACACUGAUGAUACGAGAUAAAGUUUCGACGGCAACACUUCUAGAAAUCGUUUCGACCGCAAAACAAUUACGCUUCCUACAUGUAAGACGCAACUUAGUUAUGAAAAAAUGCGAUGCUGAAUGGUUAAAUAUUGGUGACUGGACUGCAGAACAUUACAACUGGAUUAAAGAUCACAGUAAUGAUUACAAAAAAACUGAAGAAGCUAUUUCCAAGACUUUAGGAUAUCGAUGGAAAAUGUUGAGUGAAAGAGAAUUUUCCCAACAAAAAGUAUAUUUGCAUCUUGAUUAGAUAAAUAACUUCAUAAUACUUGUUCUCAUUCAUUGUGUAUUUUUUUUAAUGUCUCAUUCUAGUACAUUAACUAGUAUGCCUUAUGAAAUGACACUAGGUUUUGAACCAAAAAAUUGUGUUGCUUUUGGAGUUUUAGUAUUUUCCGUUGAAAGCAAAAAUUUUCUUCAAUAAUGUCAAAUUAUCAAAGUAUUCAUAGUAAUAUCUUUAAAUAUGUGUAUAUAUUAAGUUUUUUAUGUUACAGUAUUUUUUAAUUUUUUUGGUUCGAUUAGUUUGAUAUGCUAACAAUAUUGUCUCUGUACAUAUGUUUUAAUGAAGUGUAUAUAAAAAAAUUUACAUUGCAAAAAAACUUUUAGUUUUGUAAAUCGGAUACAAAUAAAUAUUUAUUUUAAGUAUACAAAUGACUAAAAAUCUUAAUUAUGGACUUUGGACAUAAUUUAGGUGAAUGAAAAAAAGAGAUUUUUUAUUUUUAUUGGAUUUAUUACAUACAGUGUAUAAUAAUAUAUUAAAUUUAAUAUUUUGUCUAUAAAUGCUGAGCAUACAUACUUGACUAAAUAAAAAGCAAUGUGAAAAUUAACGUUGUCAAAGUUUUUCUAAAACUGGAAAACGAUGUCUACUCAAUCUCACAAACAAAUCAACAAUUUUACGUGUCCAAAACUUAACACAAUUUACCUAUUUAUCAAUCAAAAUAUUAAAAACCUGAUAAAUUUUUUUUUGUGAUAUAUAUACAAUUAUAAAUUAUACACAUCUUUUCUGAUGUGUAUCUUUAGAUUACAAAAGUAUUAAAUAUGUAUCAUUAUGCUACAUUUUUAAAUGAAAGUUAAACUCAAUUACAUCAGUUUAUUACAUUCUUUAUCAUGAAGUUCUUGCUCUUGAAAUAUGCACUAAUUAUGUACCAAGAACAACAUGACUAAUAUUAAAUUAUAAUUCAAUUAAUUUCGAAUGCCAAUAAUGAAAAAA